CUACAAAAACAUUGACUUGAAGCAAUAAUUUUUGGAGUGUUUGGCAUAUGGUUACUUCAUUUGUUUUUGAGAAGUUAUGGUAGAAAAACAUCCAUUCUCUUUUAUUUACAAAAGUGUUGCUGACAUUUGGGGAAUAUAUGAUUCUAGAUCUCAGAACUUCAAAUUUGUUAAUUAUAUUCCGACUUUGAGGCUAUAUUUGUUUUCAGCAAAUUGCUAUAUACUUGUUGUUUCGUUUCUGAGAAUAAAUUACAGUUGACUUAUAGCGGCAUAUCACCAAUUGACAUGGCUGAUGGAAGAGUUGCACCAAUCUCUUUUUCAGUAUAGUAGUUCAAUAUUUGUACAUUUGCAUUGAAGAAAUGGAGAACAGGGAUGAUGGCGUUACCAUUGAAACAAGGCAAUAUGAAAUCUUGGGACAGGUCAGUGAGACUUCGAUCAUAUUUGCUUAUGGCACCAGACAACAGCCUGAGAUUUCAAGCUCUUUCCUUCAUCAAAUAUCAGCAGAAUCUAACUUACCAGCCUCCCUUGCCUACUUCAGACCCUGCAUUUCCUAUACUAACCAUCGUUGUGCUAAGCAUCAUGGGUACAGCUUUCUUGCUAGUUGGCUAUUAUAUUUUUGUGAGUAAAUGUUGCAGCUCUAACUGGUACCAACUUAAUCUGCUAAGCCGAAUAUCUUUAUUUCGAGGUAGACAAGAGGAAGAUACGUUCAUUGCCUUGUCUCCAGCAAUGUGGAAUCGCGGUCUCGACGAGUCUGUCAUUCGAGAAAUUCCAACUUUUCAGUUCAAAAGAGAAGGCGAUGAUGAAACAAGUGUGUACGGUUGUGUGGUUUGUCUGAAUGAGUUUCAACAGCAUGACAUCCUUAGAGUUCUUCCCAAAUGCAGCCAUGCUUUCCACUUGGAUUGCAUUGAUAUAUGGCUCCAAAGCAACGCCAAUUGUCCUCUUUGUAGAACAAGCAUUUCAGGCGAUACCCGCUAUCAGAUCAAUCAAAUCAUUGCACCGAGCUCUUCACCUCAAGACUCACUGCCGUACACUGAUAGCCUGAUGGGUGGAGAUGAGGACUUUGUAGUGAUAGAACUUGGAGAAGACGAUGGAGAUGCUCUACUGCCGUAUAGACAACAAGAAAGAGACAAUUCGAGAGAGUCGUUGAUGCAGCUUCAGCCUAGGGGUCAAUCACCAAGAAAAGUGGAGCAGAAGCCUGGGAAACUAAAAUCAAGAAGACGCCACCAUCUCUCAGUUAUGGGAGAUGAGUGCAUUGAUGUUACACAGAAAGAUGAAGACUUCUCAAUUCAACCUAUCAGGAGAUCUUUCUCAUUAGAUUCUGCUGUAGACAGACAGCUUUACCAAUCUGUUCAAGCCAUUGUUCAACAAAACAGGCAUCCUGGAGGGAUUACCACUACUGAAGAAUGCAGUAAUAGAGGUCGUACAUCUUUAUUUCCAUUUGAACAUGGUACAAGACCCAGAAAUGCGCUUAGAGUUGCAGAGAGAGACAGAGGAGGUAAGAGGGGCAUUUAAUGGAGUCCAGAGAGAAGGGGACCCAACAUUGAGUAACUACAACUCUACCAAUUUAGAGAAAUGGAGGUCCUUUAAGCAAUGAUCACCAACUUCUUUUGUCUUGUAGUAAUUAUUUGCUGCUGCUAAACAGCAUAGGGAAUGAUUCUGUUCAAUUGUAAUUAAUCUUAAUUUGUUCUCACAUCAUCCAUUAUGCCA